GUGUGUUGUGUGAGUUAGUUUCCGCCGCCGGGACAGAGGCGCCGGCCGGGCUGGGCCGGGCUCGGGGAAGCGCCGCACGGUCAAAGUUGUUUUGCCAGUUGCUGCGGCCGGGUCGGUCUCCCGACCGAAGGGUGAGAAAGUACCGGCGACAGAAGGACGAGCUGCGGCCCGGGGAGCGGGGCAUGCGGGGCUGGGAAUCCGGGCUCUGAGCCGUCGAUCCCCGCCAGGGAAGUGCCGGGGGGUCCUGACGGAGCCAUGGAUCCCGGGCAGCCUCAAGCGCAGCAGCCGCCGCAGGCAGCGCAGCCCCCGGCCCCGCAGCAGCAGCAGCAGCCGCCGCAGCCCCCGGGCGCGGUGUCGGGGGCCUCGGCCGGCGCGGCGCAGCCCCCGGGCGCGGGGCCCCCUCCGGCGGGGCACCAGAUCGUCCAUGUGCGGGGCGACUCGGAGACCGACUUGGAGGCGCUGUUCAACGCCGUGAUGAACCCCAAGGGCGCCAACGUGCCGCACACGCUGCCCAUGCGGCUGCGGAAACUGCCCGACUCCUUCUUCAAGCCGCCCGAGCCCAAGGCCCACUCCCGCCAGGCUAGCACUGAUGCAGGGACAGCAGGAGCCCUAACCCCACAGCAUGUCCGAGCUCAUUCCUCUCCAGCAUCACUGCAGCUGGGAGCUGUUUCUCCAGGGACGCUUACACCCUCUGGAGUAGUGACUGGACCUGGAGCUCCAUCUUCUCAACAUCUGCGCCAGUCUUCAUUUGAGAUCCCUGAUGAUGUACCUUUGCCACCAGGCUGGGAGAUGGCUAAGACACCAUCUGGACAGAGAUACUUUCUUAAUCAUAUUGAUCAAACAACAACAUGGCAAGAUCCUAGGAAGGCCAUGCUCUCCCAGAUGAAUGUUACAGCUCCCACUAGUCCUUCCGUGCAGCAGAACAUCAUGAACUCAGCAUCGGGCCCACUCCCCGAUGGAUGGGAACAAGCUAUGACCCAGGAUGGAGAAAUUUACUACAUAAACCAUAAGAACAAGACCACAUCUUGGCUAGACCCAAGGCUUGACCCACGCUUUGCCAUGAAUCAGCGAAUCAGCCAAAGUGCUCCAGUGAAACAGCCACCUCCUCUGGCUCCUCAAAGUCCUCAGGGUGGUGUGAUGGGUGGGAGUAGCUCCAAUCAGCAGCAACAGAUGAGACUUCAGCAGCUACAGAUGGAGAAAGAAAGGCUGAGACUGAAGCAUCAAGAACUGCUUCGGCAGGUGAGGCCACAGGCAUUGCGGAAUAUCAAUCCCAGCACAGCAAAUUCUCCAAAACAUCAGGAAUUGGCUCUCCGUAGCCAGCUUCCAACAAUGGAACAAGACGGUGGAUCGCAAAACCCCGUGUCAUCUCCUGGAAUGUCUCAGGAACUGAGAACAAUGACUACAAAUAGUUCUGAUCCCUUUCUUAACAGUGGAACAUAUCACUCCAGAGAUGAAAGCACAGAUAGUGGACUUAGCAUGAGCAGUUACAGUGUACCCAGAACCCCAGAUGACUUCCUGAACAGUGUUGAUGAGAUGGAUACAGGUGACAGUAUCGGCCAAAGUAACAUACCAUCCCAUCAGAACCGUUUCCCAGACUACCUUGAAGCCAUUCCAGGGACAAAUGUGGACCUUGGGACACUGGAAGGAGAUGGGAUGAAUAUAGAAGGAGAAGAACUGAUGCCAAGUCUGCAAGAGGCUUUGAGCUCUGACAUCCUUAAUGACAUGGAAUCUGUCUUGGCAGCCACCAAGCUAGAUAAAGAGAGUUUUCUUACUUGGUUAUAGGGGCCUCAGGGAGACUGAAUUCUGAAUCUGUGAAGGAUCUAAGGAGAUUAGGACAUCUGUAUCUGAAGUUCAGAACAAGCCAGUGUGGCACACUUUGGCUUGUGUUCAGAAAAAGUAAAUGAACAAAUAUUCAACAAGA